AUGGGCCAGGGCGAUGGAGAGGAUGCGACGCCGGUCUUGAGUCCUCAGUGGACUAGAGGCGGAUGGCCAACGCAAGGUGCAGCCGCAGACGGCAAUAUCGAGGACGAUAACAAUCGUCUUACUGUCAGCGAUAUUAGCGACGCCGCCGAGUCGCCUUUCGAUGUUGAUAAUAAUAGAACCUUCCUCGACACUGAGACCCUCUGCUCUCGCUCUGGCAGUUCGUCCCAUCAUCUACACCCAAGGCCUCUGCAUCAUUACCAGCGCCGACCAGUUCACGCCGACAGCCGUAUACAUGCACAGCACGCACAUGCGUAUGCACCUGCAUUCGCAAACCGCCAUUCUCGAGACCGAUCCGAGCCGCAACUGCAAACAGGGCGACGCCACCCUCCUGUCGAGCUCGACCUCAGCGAUACUCUGACUACUGACGAGGACCGAGAUUUCGGUGACAAGAGCUUCUUGAUAUCUCGCCCAGCGAGCAUCGCGACCAUGGCCAUGACAACAAGUACGACGGAUGUAUCGCCUAUAUCAUCGGGUCUGAACCAUCCAUGGCGGGUCGAGCUACGUCUCCCUACUGAAGCUCUCCCCGAUGACGGCCAGUGUCCCAACAUUCAACAAUAUCACGACUUGCUCAGUGAAAUCGACUCCGAAUUCCUCUUUCCCGAUAAUGUUCUUGCCGCAGUCGACAACCGCCCAUCUUCGUCCCGUAGCCACCUGCUCCACUGGCGGCGUAAUCGAAGCUCCGGGUCUGAUUCUUCCAACCCUCGCGUUUCUUCUGAUUGCCAGCCUCCAAUGGAUGAUAGCCGGCCGUCAACGAUUAUUACGAGGGAGGAAUUCGAAGCACUGCCACCCACGAUCCAGAGAAAAUACUUUUCAACAAUUGAGCGAUCACAAUUCACCCAUUACCCCGGUUUGGAGUCUCGUUCAUGCCUCGGGAGUGUCGGACACGACCAUCUAUCACCCCGUUCUUCACUGCCCAAGUCUUCGAACUGGGGCGAGCUGGAGAGGCCAGUUACCUCUGAUAGUUCGACCCUCUACUCGAACCGCCGACCUCGGAUUACAUCAACGGAUCAGCGGUUCUACGCGAAUCUGCCCGAGAAGAUAAAACGCCGCCACCUGACGGAGGAGGAACUCUUGAUCGCCCACGACCGACCAAAAUCAACCUUCGAAGCCGCGGAAGAACCAUUGGACCAAGGCAAGAAGCGUCCGUCACAAGAAAUGAGAAUGCAGUCUCCCCAGUCCAGCCCAGGGCUGUCUGAGGGCCAAUCGUCCUUCUCCAGCGUACAGCGCCGAAAGAGUGACAGAGAACCUUGCCGUUCGGACAGCAACAGGCCGGAUUCUUUCUACGAUAGCUUCCGGUGGCUCGAGGAUGAGGAAGGCCUGGAUCUGCGUCUGUACCUGGACGACUACCACAUCAAUCUGCGUGAGGAGGUGCCAGUUCCAAACAAAAGCCGCAGACCAUCGUUCCGACGACAUCUGUCGAUCAACAAAUUGCCAUUCGGCAGACCCUCGGUUUCUUACACCAGACCUCUACCCAGGGAAGGGGUUGUGUCACCGACCUCUAUCUCUCCUUCAGCCUCUCAGAACUCUGCCAUUGGCUCAUCGGGGCACAUUCGACGCAAGUCUCGCGCCCUAUCCUUGGUGUCCCCCAAUAAGCAGAUGUCACCACGCUCAUCCCCUCCUAUCGAUCCUGCCGCAACUCAUUAUCAAGACCCCGAGGCCCGCCAGAAGCUGCGAGCGUAUCUUGCCUCACCCCAAAAGUUUGAUGAGGCAAUCGAGUUUGGGUUUCCAUCCAAGGAUGGCUCGCCCCGGGAGCCCACAUUUACCAGACCCGUCGGGUCCAAGAAAGAGAAUGCGAAGGAGCCAGAAAAGUUCCGCAGUUUCUUGGAAGACGACCGGUCAUCAAAAUACAGCGAUGAUGCAUCAGUAGCCGAGCCCGACUCACCGAAAACACCUCAGCUGUUUGACAAGCCGGUGCCGGUGCGACCAGCCCGGACAAGCACUGAGCAGCCUCCAUGCGCCGCCAGGAGCGACAAGAGUGUCCUGGACCAGGCUUCUAGUCGAGAGAUGACUCUUCGCAUGACGCUGACGCGACCGGAUCUUCGGCAAAGUGAGGAUCAAAUCUACGGUUGGAAGCAGCCCGGAAGCAGCCGAGGGGGCUCUUCUCGGGAUGACUCCUCAACCAACACUGUCAUCUAUGCUCGCGAUGGUAACCCGAAAGAGAGCAUCGAGAAACAACUCGCGGCCCUGGACGAGUGGGGUGAGGACGCUGAUCACGACAAUGGUGUUGUGAAGAGGUUCUGGAACCGGGUCAAGCGGACAUGA